AUGCACGAUACAGCCCCUGACACGUCCCUCUCUUUCUCAAUCUCAAUAGACAAGAAGCUGCACAUUCUGUCCCGUCCUGCUCAGGGUGGGUCCGAUGCUUCUCGCUGGCCAGUUGUCGAUGAGGGGAUGGAAGGGCAGACCAGUCCUGCCCCUGGAACGCACAAGUUUACCCCACAAGAUGAGAGCGGCAGCAACAACAUUCUGGCCUAUGUGUCUGUCCUGGCUGCCGUGGUGCUGGGUCUGCUUCUUUAUGUGGCUUAUAAAUGCUGGAGAUCGUGUAAACAGAAGAAGGCUCUUUCUAAGGCCCGUGCAGCUGAGUUGGGAGCAUCUCCAGAGGGAGAAAAGCUUCAAAGUGACAGCGGUGUUUUUCUGGACUCUCAGAGCCUGCAGGACAACCAGCCCAGCAAAGGGACGAAGAGGGACAGCAAGCAGGACAACCGCCUUUACGUCAACCUACCCCCCAACAGACAGGAAGAGGUGGAGCGCCUCCUACAGGAGGGAGGGGGCCGGGGGUGGAGGCAGUUGGGCGCAGCGCUGGGCUACGAGCCUGAACAGCUGGACCUGUUUGGGCGUGGAGAGGCCCCUGCUCACACGCUCCUCUCUAACUGGGCCCAGAAAGAAGGCGCCACUCUGGGACUGCUGUGUUCUGCACUGGCCCGCAUUGAGAGGCCCGACGUGGUAACGGCUCUUAACUGCCCCGCACAGGGUGUUUCUUUGGUCUGACGGCUCCUUGAAUGAACAUGUGACACUGACAGACUCGUGUGAAGAACUCUGAAAUGACAAGGAUGGCACUCUGAUAUCAGCACCUGUCAUUGAUCAUGAUCCAGAUUGCUUUGUUGGACACUUACAAUCCAGUUUUUACAAAGAGAACAAAAAUAUUCUUGUAUUAUUUACUUGAGGGAACAACAUUUUUUAAUUCUGGUUAAGCCUCAACGCCUUACUCAGCGGACACUGCAGAAACCUGGUCACAUUGGAUUAGAACAACAAUGACCUCUACAUACACAACAAUAAGUACAUUUACAAAGUUGUUUACAUGCACACUAAUCCUGGUAACUGUGAGUGUUUGGUUAGUGGCAGGAAACAGAAUAAUGUGUUUACUCUCAUCACACAAGUGUGAUUAUUCGAAAAACCACUGUUUACAUGAUAUUUGGAUAGCAAUCAGACUUGUCCCCCACCCCCACUAAAAAAUAUCAGCCUUCCGUUCACCAUUGUAAACAAAUACAGCUUAGAUCAUCAUUUCUAGUAAAGCUAGCCUGGUUUUAUGAAUCACAACUUCAGCAACCUCUUUGGUUUUGCAGAUGAUUUUUUGCCAGAAGGAGAUGGUUUCUUCCAACAACUCUGCUUUCCAACAUGAUGUGACUUUCCCUAUUUGGGAUCAUUUCUGUGCACAUGUGCAUGCCUAAGAAGAGAAGAAAAAUCCAAGAAACCCAGUCAAGGGUUUAUGUGGCCAAGUGAUCAAACCCUCCCGAUGAUGCUUGCAGUUGCUAAGAAGACUUUAUCUGAUGUGUACAUGGGACCUACUCACUAGAUUGUUUUUUUAGUUUGUUGUCUUGUUUUUUUGUUUCUUUCCUGCUGCAGUCACUACGUAGCCUUGGUAUUUAUUCACACUGAGGAUAUAUUAUGCACCAGUUAUGUUUCAUAUCUUAUCAGAAGACAAGAAAAUGAAGCAUUCUUAAAAACACCUUUCUUAGCUCUUCCUAAUAAUCAUCUAUGAUUGUAAAUAUCUUAAAUAUGAAUUUGAUAAGUCAUGGCUUAAAGUGAGAUCAUUUAUGAACUGUGAAGGCUGAAGAAGGGAAUAGAAAUUAACCUAUUCUCUUUACAUUCAUAAGACACAGCUCCAUUUUUGUCACCUUGAUUUCUCAUAGUAGACAGAAAAAAAAAGUUCACGUCAACGCUCGUGUCCAAUCUUUCCAGCUUGCUUUUGUAUUUAUUUCACCACCGUUUCAAGUAUAAAACUAAAUAAAAUCUAUGAGAACCAUGGACAUCUGCAGUGUGCUAGUUACACUAUGUGAUGGCCUUAGAUGGUUUGAUAUUUUUUCUAUCGCCAGCCAUGUAUGGUUUUAUGUAUAUAUUUCCUAGUGGUAUGCCUUAAUGUGUUUUGUAAGAUUUUUUAUUCAUUUAAUAAAUAACUUUGAUAAGUCA